AUGUUUCGCCACAUAACGCUCGUCGCGCUACUCACCAUCGCCUUCAGCACGGGCUCAGCCAAUGCAGGCCUCGAAACGGCAAGCUCUGUACCAAUGCCCGAUGGUCGCAUCGUAGGUGGCACCAAUGCAACCAUAAGCCAAUAUCCACAUCAGGUCUCGAUGCGCUACAAUGGACGUCAUCGUUGCGGUGGCAGCAUCUACUCAUCCAAAAUAAUUGUGAGCGCAUCACAUUGUGUCACCGGUGUGGACGCUUCGAAUCUGGGAAUUGUUGCCGGGACCACGCUGCUGAGUGAGGAAGCCGUCGAAGUGCCUGUGCUGCUUUAUGUUAUGCAUGAAAAAUACUCCUCGAUCAACGAUUAUGAUGUCGCGAUUUUGGUGUUGGCCAACCAAUUGACAUUCAACGCAUACAUACAACCCAUUGCUCUGGCCAAGGAGCGUCCAGAAGCGGGCACUGAUGUUAUUGUGACCGGUUGGGGUACACUCGAAGAAGGUGGCAACGUAAGCGAUCAAUUGCAGCAAGUCACUGUUAAUGUGAUAGACAACGUCACAUGCCGCCGGUCCUACCCCUUUCUGGUGACGGGACGUAUGCUGUGCGCUGGUGUGGUGGGUGGUGGCAAGGAUGCUUGCCAAGGUGAUUCGGGUGGUCCGCUGAUAGUUAACAAUGAAUUGUUGGGCAUCGUUUCGUGGGGUAUUGGAUGUGCACGCUCGAGCUAUCCGGGUGUAUACGCAUCAGUGCCGGAUUUAGCGGAGUGGAUCGAGGAGACAGCGGAAGCCUAUAAUGAUAUCAAGGAGUAUUCAUAUUUGUAA